ACUUGCAGAGAAAUUCAAACUUAAUUGAGAGAGAGAGAAAGAGAGAGGAGAGAGAGAGUUGAAGGAAGUAGGUUUUGGUCUCCUUCUCCCGCCUAGAUAGAUAGAUAGACAUUUACAUAUUCCAACUACUCUCAAAAUCAUACCAUCUCUCUAAGAUUUUCUUCCAAAAUAUUUGAUGGCGAUCGCCUCCUCCAGAGGAAGAUCGCAAAUCCAAACUCACAGAGAAGACACCAGCCCCGAUCAUGAUGAUGAUGAUCGCACCAACCUACCCAAGCUCCCGCUAGUCUAUUACCUCACCCGCAAUGGCCACCUCGAGCAUCCUCAUUUCAUCGAAGUUCCUCUUUCCUCCCCCCAAGGUCUUUAUCUAAGAGAUGUUAUCAAUCGACUGGUUAUACUCCGUGGUAGAGGCAUGACUGAAUUGUAUUCCUGGUCCUGCAAAAGGAGUUAUAGAAACGGAUUCGUUUGGCACGAUUUGGAGGAGAAUGAUCUUGUCUAUCCAGCGCACGGUCAGGAUUACGUUCUCAAAGGAACGGAGCUCUUCCACGGCGACAUCAUUUCCAAAUCUAAUCAUGAGAUCGAGACCAGCGCCAGAAGGCCACCACCACCACCACCUGCGGUUAUUAGAAAACCUAGCAUCAGCAACGAAUCUGAUUUCCCGGUGGUGAUUCGGCAGAGGAAUCAAUCAUGGACAUCGACCGAUUUCAACGAGUAUAAGGUUUACAAGAACGAUAUGGAAUCCGACUCUGGCGGCGGAAGCGGUAGGGCUGCUGCUGCCAAUGCGUCCACUCAGACCGAGGAUCGCCGCAGCAGCAGGCGGAGAACAGCUGUGACAGUGGUUGAGAAAGACGAGAUAGAAGAAGUGAAAACGAAACCACCGUCGUGUAGCGGGAGUCAGAGCCAGAGCCAGUAUACGGAACUGAGAAGGGAAGACAUGAUCUCACCACCGGAGUCGGAUUCGAGUCCCGAAACCCUGGGUUCCCUGAUGAAAGGCGACAGCCGUGUGAUUGUGAGCAAGGAUGUGAUUCCUACUCCACCAAGUGGUCGUCUGAGGGCGUCAUCUGUUCUGAUGCAGUUGAUUUCAUGCGGUUCUAUGUCGUUCAAAGACUGCGGGCCGACCUGCUGGAAGGAGGAAGAAGAUAGAGGUGAAGAACGGCAGGGAUUCAAUCUGAUAUCGUACUACAAGGGAAGGGUGCCGCGUGGAAGGGUGGUUUCGAAUAAAGUGGAAAAGAAGGAUGAGACAAGCGAGAUUAACGGGCAGGUAAAAAUGGAGGGUAAAGAGUACUUCAGUGGUAGCUUGUUAAUUGUAGAGACAAACAAGGACGAGAUCCCGAUCCUCAAGAGAUCUGCAUCAGAUCGGAGUAGUAGUACUCAGACUUGGAAGUGAUGAUGAUGAUGAUGAGUGGCAGUUGGAAGUGUCUAAUAAUAAGGUUGGGUCAGGUUGGAUAGGAGAAUUUGAGGUAGAGAUCACUACUACUACUACUGUAUUAUUGUUUCUAACAGGCAAACAUGAAUGCAGCUCAUGCCCAUAUCUCAAAUAAUCAAUUACUUGCCUUAAUUUGUUUCAACAAGUAUUUAAAUGGUAUUAAGUUGAGAUUAUUAUGUUCAUAGUGAUGAAUCAAUCAUGUGGAAUUUCCUACAACAUAUUCUAGCCGCAAUU